UUAACCUCCUAUAUUUGAAAGCUACUGUAGGCUUAGGAGGAAAAUACGCUAGGAGGCUCACUAAGAGAAGAAAGAGAAAGAUAGUCAAAAGGAUUGAGUCUCUAAACAAGAUAAAGAACACUGUUCAUGUUGCUUACUCCAGGAAUUAAUUUUAAACAAACUACAAUCUUUAAACAAGGCAUUCAUUUGUUUUACGAUUGCAAUUUAGAGAAUUUAAAGAAAACUUUGAUAUAUAAUUAAAUCCUUUAAACACACUGGGUGAGCAAUGUGAGUUGCUGACGCAAUAUUAAAAGCAACUCUAGUAAACAAGUGUCAACAAUGAAUAAACACUGUGGAAGGAUGGGAUCUGGAUGGGGUACCAGCUGAAUGUAUGAUAAUAUCCUCCAUUUUACACUCUUCUUUUGAGAGGUUAGAAACAUCUGGAAGAAUGGAAGUUGGGUGGGUGAGGAGAUUCUUGUGUUUGAUCAUAGUUCUCCAAGUACAGACAUUGUCCUUCACUGAAACCCAUGGUCCUGCCUCAGACAUCUGUGCAACUCAUAUCAUCUUGCCAGGUCCUAAAGGUGAGCAAGGUGAAAUAGGUGACCCUGGUGAACCCGGGAAAACAGGAAAACUGGGUCCACCUGGACCAAAAGGAUUGAUUGGUGAACCUGGUCAGAAUGGAGAAGUUGGACGAAGGGGUAAAAUAGGUCCGGUUGGUUUAAAAGGUGAUAAAGGAAAUAAAGGUUACCCAGGACCUCCUGGAUUGAAAGGUGAAUCAGGUAUUGUCUCUGAUUUCUAA